ACAGAUGAUCUGAAUGCCUCAAGUAUUCAGAUCAUUUCAAAUCACUUAAACAUGGAUCACUGUAUGAAACAGGUGAAAUAUAUGAACGUACAUGUACAAACAAACACAACAAGAAGACCUGGUUUUACAGCUCUGCACACUGCUCUCAGUAACGGUCUGUUAAAGCUCCACCCUUUUCCUGAUACUCUGAGACGAAGCAGGAAAUACCAUUUCAUACUGGUCGUCACUCGUGAGAGACACGUUGAUGCUGAGAAACAUUUAAAGAGAUUCACCUUUAAACCAAAACAACAGCUUCUACAGAGAGAGGAGGGAAAACAGGACGACAGCAACUUCAACCUGCAGCGACUCCACACACCAACUCUUCACUCAGAGAGGACAUGUCUUCCCGGUCAGAGGAGGAGCUCACCUGUCCUGUCUGCCAUGACAUCUUUAAAGAGCCUGUUGUCCUGUCCUGCAGCCACAGCUUCUGUAGAGACUGUCUGCAGAGCUGGUGGAGAGAGAAGGUAAUACAAGAGUGUCCAGUGUGUAAGAGAUCGUCAAACACUGAACCACCUGUUUGUUUGUCCCUGAAGAACCUGUGUGAGGACUUCUUACUGCAGAGACAUCAGAGACCUUCAGCAGGGUCUGAGCCUCUCUGCAGUCUGCACUCUGAGAAACUCAGACUCUUCUGUCUGGACCACCAGCAGCCAGUGUGUCUCGUCUGUCGAGACUCAAAGACACACACCAACCACAGCUUCAGACCCGUUGAUGAAGCUGCAGAGGAUCACAGAGAGGAGCUCCAGAAAGCCCUGAAGCCUUUACAAGAGAAACUGAAGCUGUUUGAACGAGUUAAAGGAGACUGUGACCAAACAACACAACACAUCAAGGUCCAGGCCCGACACACUGAGAGCCAGAUCAAGGAGCAGUUUAAGAAGCUUCACCAGUUUCUACAGGAGGAAGAGGAGGCCAGGAUCACUGCUCUGAGGGAGGAAGAGGAGCUGAAGAGUCACAUGAUGAAGGAGAAGAUGGAGGCUCUGAGCAGAGAGAUAGCAGCUCUGUCACACACAGUCAGAGCCACAGAGGACGAGCUGAGAGCUGAAGACCUCUCAUUCCUGAAGAACUACAAGGCUGCAGUGGACAGAGUCCAGCAGCGCCCCCUGCUGGAGGAUCCACAGCUGCCCUCAGGAGCUCUGAUAGACCAGGCCAAACACCUGGGCAACCUGACCUUCAACAUCUGGAACAAGAUGAAGGACCUGGUCUCCUACAGUCCUGUGGUUCUGGACCCAAACUCUGCUGGUCCAGUAUUCUACCUGUCUGAAGAUCUGACCACAGUGACACGAGGACAGAGACAGAAGCUUCCUGACAAUCCAGAGAGGUUUGACUACUAUGUCUCUGUCCUGAGCUCUGAGGGUUUUGACUCAGGGACUCACAGCUGGGACGUCCAGGUUGGAGACAGUCCAGGUUGGUUUGUAGGUGUGACUGCAGAGUCUGUUGAGAGGAAGGGAGAAAUAGAUUUAUUUGCUAAAUCAUGGAUAAUAGUGUUAUAUGAAGGUGAAUACAGAGCACAGUCUCCAUCAGAUCCCUCCACUGUUCUCUCAGUGAAGAAGCUCCAGAGGAUCAGAGUGAAUCUGGACUGGACCAGAGGAAAACUGUCGUUCUCUGAUCCUGAUACUGACACACACAUACACACCUUCACACACACUUUCACUGAGAGGAUGUUUCCAUACUUUACCACAAACAAAGAUUUUCCUCUGAAGAUAUUACCAGUGAAGAUCAGUGUCACUACACAACAAAGAUGAAGAACAUGAUGGUUUAAGAUCUUUAAUACUUUAAAAUAUCUUUG